AUGAACGGAGGAGGCGGUGCUCCUGCAGGCAGCAGGCGGCAGGCAGCAGGCAGGCAGGCAGGGCUGGGUAGCAGCAGCAGCAGCAGCAGACCGCAGAGGAGCGGCGCAGAAAGAUCCAGUAAGGAGACAGACUGUGAACACUACCAGCCCUCAGGACAGCGAGCGGUACCGUCGUGGCAGCGUCUGUCUGCGGCUUGGAAACACCUGGAGGACUGCGUUUUCAUGCAUUUUUAGAAAAAGGUGAGCGUUAUUAGCAGCAUAUUUGUGUUGUUGUUUGGAAAGCUGUCAGUGCGUACCCCGCCCGGACAGCAGCUAACUAGCGGAUGAUGCCUCACUCCCCCGGCCUGGCGAGCUAACAGUCCCCCCUCGAUUCACUGACCGCUGAAUUAGCCAGCUUCGUAUAAGCCCUUAUGUUUACUAGCUGUAUAUUUCUUUUCCUGUAAUCCGCUCUCUGUAUUCAGAUGCUUUUUACUGCCUAAUCUUCUUACACUGUUUGACUUAGUGCCAGUGUUAUUAGCUAACCAUCUAUCCGUGCUAGCUUAGCAGGACCGCAGUGCCCCUGUGCCUGUCUCUGUUGUUAGAAAGGAUAAAAAAAGCUUUCUUCCUCGAUUAACACCUUCGUGUGAGAGUGUUUUAAGCUCACGCCUCUGUGGAUAACUAUGUUUACACAUAGGUCUCCCAUCUGCCAUGAUAAUAAAGAUAAGAUGAGCUUUCUCCUCAGUCAACACAUGUGUAAGAUUGUGCAUCCUGUCAAAGUUACACACCUUAGUGAUCCAACUACAUUUGUAUGCUUUGUUUACUCAUGAUUUGUCAUGAAAAACGAGUUAAACACCAGAGACACUGCUCUCUCUAAGACAGGUUUAGUGGGAGGAUGUUUAACUCCCAGUAUGAUGUAGAUAGUGGCGUAAAUGCUGUAAUUACAUCAAAUGAUAAAACGUAUUCAUGUGUCAGUGUGGACUAACUGGCUAACAUCACUAUAUCCCUGAGUGGCCUGGAGAUUAGUUUAACAUGGAAACAAGGUUUUGCUUAAAGUCACAACAAACUGCUGUGUUGUCAGUUUAUACACCUGUGAUCCUCAGCAGUUAAGAUUUAAAGGGAUAUUCCGGCGUAAAAUUAAGUUAGGGUCAAAUACACUGUAACACUGAGUUAGACAUCUCCUCAAGAGAUGAAUGUUGCUGACCGCUUGCUUCUCUAGUUAUACCAACUUUAGUAAUGACCGCACGCCUGAUCAAACUUCAAUACAAGAACAUUCAAGCUCAUGAUGCACUCUAGAUGAUCUCUAUGAAUGUGCAUUCAGUUUCACUCAUGCAUAUUGAAGCAUCUGCAUUUUACAGACUUUCUGCAACUUGCUAGUACAGCUGAGCAGUAUCUCUGACUGUUAUCCAAUCUGAUUUUCUCAUUCUUAUUUUACAUGAAAAUCAAGUUCAAUCUCAAGACUUAACCUGGUAACCAGUAUCCUGGUCUUUGGCUCAUGUCACAAUUUUGAUCUUAAACAAAAAAUAAUUAAAUGAUACAUUAUGGAACAUCAGUUUAAGUCACCAGUAUAAAACUUGAAUUUGUUUCUAUCCCCCUUGACGAAUUAUUUUCAUCCAAAAACUUCCAAAAAUUUAGUACGCUGUAAAAGUGACAUUUACGUCACUCAUGCUGAUCUUUGCUUUAAACUUUGGAUGUAACAAAAAAUAAAAUAUAACAGUUACUUGGAUGGGAUUACUUCUGCAGCUGACAGAUUUAUUAAACAACAUCUAGGGUCAUAUAACCAGUGUGGACUUGCCUGUAAUUACUCAGUCGGGUCCUACUUGUUACCAACUUUCUAAUUCUGGUCCAGAUGUCUGUGCCUCAGUCUGCUAUAGUUUUGUUGUGCCUUCAGCGUAGAGCAACACAAAACUGUUUGUUUUCCAUGCGUACACACUAACAUCAGUAAUUUACUCACAUGUGAUUGUCAUGCAGCCCGUCGUCACCAUGACAGCGGAGGAAACCAUCAAUGUGAAGGAGGUGGAGAUCAUCAAGGUGAUUCUGGACUUUCUGAACGCCAGGAAGUUGCACAUUAGUAUGCUGGCUCUGGAAAAGGAGAGUGGCGUCAUCAAUGGGCUGUACUCUGACGACAUGCUCUUCCUCAGGUAGAGACAUACCGUACAUCUCACUACGUAUUUUCAACCUGCUCUGUUCUAGAAAGUUUCAACAACAGGCAGCUGACCCAAUUUGAAGUUAAGUGUUUUUUGUAUUGUCCUCUAUGGAUAUAGUACCACACUGCACCUCUGCGGUAGAUGUGAGCGCACUUCUAAUUCUUCUCCUCAGCCAGUGAUGCAUGUGUUUUAGACUGUCUUACCUUGAUUUUCUGCACCGUUUUGAAGAACAUAUCACUGCCAUAUGAAAAUGUUUUAUUAAAAUCAUACAGGCUCACAAUUUUUUCUUUACAUUUGAAAAUAGUGACAUGCUUCCAUUUAUAAUCUGUUUAAAUUAACUGUUUCUGGUUCAGGCAACUGGUUCUUGAUGGCCAGUGGGAUGAAGUCCUGCAGUUCAUUCAGCCUUUGGAGUGCAUGGAUAAGUUUGACAGAAAAAGGUAUGUUUGUUUUGAGUUUAUUCAAGUUCAGAUUCAUUUGUUAUUUUAAAAAAUUGUGCAGUUAAUGCAGUUUUCAGCUUGCACUUUAAGAUAACUUGCAUUGACACUAAAAUGUGUUUGUAUGAUAGUUUCUAACACUGACUGUGAUGUCUCAGGUUUCGUUACAUCAUCCUCAAGCAGAAGUUUCUGGAGGCGCUGUGUGUGAAUAAUGCCAUGUCUGCAGAGGAUGAGCCACAGCAUGUAAGCCACCUCUCCAACUUGUUGUAAAUCAUUCAUUGCUGUUGACAGGGGAAAUAUCAGUGCAUACCAAUAUUCAGGUGUUACAUCUGUGCUUUUGUUUUGACAUCUCCCUUUUAUGAAUGGAUUUUGCAACAAAGCUGUUUUUCUCUUCACACUGACUAUCACUGGUUCUUGUGACAGUAAACAGAAAAGUCCAUCUGAAAGACUAGACUAGACUAGAAAAGCAAACGGUCUGUUCAUUCAUGUUAGUUCAAAUCAAAACUCUGCGUUUUAUCUGAACAAACCUCACAACCACUCUGUAAAUAAGGAGAAAUGGAGGCGGGUGAUUGUGUGAGCAUGUCAUUUGCAUGCAAGGAGUGCUGUUGGUAUUGGCUACUCUGCAGUCUGAGACAGAUCUGGACUGAGAUUUUUCUGUGUUUCUCUGUUACAUUCUCUUUUAAGAGAGUCUGUUCACCACCUGUGAUCAGGCUACAGAUGAAAUGGUCACAAAAAAAAGGUGUGACCAUCUGCUGCUUGCUUGCUUUUUGGCAGAGUGAUAAAAUGGAUCAGAUCAGUCUUUCUGGGAUUGCAUCGAUUCAGAAUGUUCAUGCUGAGAGUAACACAUGCAUGAAUAAGCUGCCUUUCCAAGAUGAACAUGUAAUACUGGAGCUUCUCAUGUUUGAAAUCAGCUGAAGAGUUUCCACUGCUUUAGGAAACAUGAUGGAUUAUCUCAACUUCUGAACAAACGUUUGUGUUUGUAUUAAAGGGAUACUCCGACAUAAAAUUAAUUUAGGGUCAAACACACUGUAACACCAAGUCAGACAUCUCCUCGAGAGAUGAAUGUUGCAGAUCGCUUGCUCCUCUAGUCAUACCAACUUUAGUAACGACCGCACAAUAGCAACACAGCGGUCUGAGGAGCCAUAAACAAACCUCAACCAAAAAUCCACUCUAUAGCCGCAAAUAAUGCUCAGAACAGCACCUAACUUCAUCAACAGUACAUAUAGGGUCAGAGCCAUAGCACUAGCCACCAAACAUCUUUUUAACUUUGCCUGAUUUCUUUAGCAAACAGACUCACCCACUCUCCUCCAGCAGCCACUUGUUUGUAGGAAGAGCUUGAAUGAGUACAUCACCGACUGCAGCGGGGUGACGCAGCUCAAGGAAGAACAUUUAUGAUCAUUACUUUAUCGUUUCCUUGAAGUAGUAAUCACCAUACUUAUCAUUUUGCACUGCAGACGCGGUAGUUCUUCUGCCUAAGCGUCUCGGUCUGAUUGUAUUUCCAUGAAGAAAUAAUCAUAAAUGUUCUUCCUUGAGCUGCGUCACCCCGCUGCAGUCGGUGAUGGACUUGUUUGAGGUCUCCCUACAAACAAGCGGCUGCUGUGUAUAACUCGGUGUUACAGUAUGUUUGACCCUAACUUAAUUUUAUGCCAGAACAUCCCUUUAAAUGGCAAAAAGUCCCCAUCAAAAUGCAUAAUAACACAUUUAAUAAUGUACUGACUGGAGUUUCUGCCUUCUCAGAAACCCUUGCAGGGACUUCACAACUCUGACUUGAUUAUGAUUCCUCUUUUCUUUUCAAAAACUUUAAGACUGAGAACACAAAGCUGUUGUCUUUUCUGCUUAACUUCCUGAUUCUGUUCAUUGCUCAUGAUGUCUUGGAGCUGGUCCUUUAUAGUCUGUCAUUUGAAAGUUAUCUUGGUUACCUCCUGUGUGCAGCUGGAUAUAAAAGUCUUUUAAGGAGAGCAAUGUUUUCCACCUCUGCUGCACCAGGAGAAAUGUCUACUCGGUCAUCUGUGACAAUCUAAAAUCUUUUCUAUGUCUUCUUUCGCAGCUGGAGUUCACCAUGCAGGAAGCAGUCAAGUGUCUUCAUGCCCUGGAGGAGUUCUGUCCUUCUAAAGAGGACUACAGCAAACUGUGUCUGCUCCUGACGCUGCCUCGCCUCACAAACCACGCCGAGUUCAAGGCAAGACAUUUGAAAGUUGAGGAAAACAGAGACGCUUUAGAAGUAGAGACAGCUUAACAAGAUUCACCAGUUCUCAAGAAAAAAAAACAACAGCGGGAUAUGUUGAAAUAUUUAUAUUCAUGAUGUGUUUGAUCAUUUCUCUGCUUGUGACCCUCAGGAUUGGAACCCGAGCACAGCAAGGGUACAGUGCUUUGAGGAGGCCUGCACGAUGGUUGCAGAGUUCAUCCCCGCGGACAGGAAGUUGAGCGAGGCUGGAUUUAAGGCCAGCAGGGAUCGACUCUUCCAGCUGCUCCUUAAGGGGGUCCUCUAUGAAUGCUGUGUGGAGUUCUGCCAGGUUAGCACUCCUAAAUCUGUUCAUAUUAAUGUGGUUUUAUUAAGAGUAUAAACUACAAAUUAUAUCUAAAUUGCGUCUUAUGUGCAGAGUAAGGCGACGGGUGAAGAGAUCACAGAGAGUGAGGUGCUCCUGGGUGUUGACAUGCUGUGUGGAAACGGCUGUGACGACCUGGACCUGUCCCUGCUCUCCUGGAUGCAGAACCUCAGCCACACCGUCUUCUCCUGCGCCUUCGAACAAAAACAACUCAACAUCCACGUGGACCGCUUGGUAAAGCCUGCAAAGACCGGCUACGCUGACCUCCUCACCCCCCUUAUCAGCAAACUGUCUCCAUACCCCUCCUCCCCACUGCGUCGCCCACAGUCCGCAGACACCUACAUGUCUCGCUCCUUGAACCCGGCGCUGGAUGGGUUGUCUUACGGGCUGUCAGGUCAGGAUAAAAGAGCGAGUGCCGGGGAGGCUGCGCCGGGUAAAGGCAUCUCACCCAUGUCUCACUCCUUUGCAAACUUUCACUACCCUGGAGCGGGAGGACAGAGCCUGAGCAGGAGUCUGAUGAUGGAGAGCUCAGACUGCCACAGCAUUUUUGAGGAAUCCCCUGAAACGUACGUGUUUGUUUGUCUCACAGCUCUUCACUCAUAUCAAGCUUAGAUCAUGUUUUGACUCUUUGGUGGUAAAAAAAAAAUCCUGUUGCUCUCUUUUUUUCUCUCUCCCAAGAUCAAGGACAGACACACCUGUGGAUAAAAUGAUGAGUUCAGGUGGAGCUCAGACUCUCCGUCCUGCCUCAGCCCCGGGUGAGGACGCUCCACCUGCAGGAACUGCUGACAGGAAUGAGGUGAGAAUCUCCUUUUAACUGGUCAGACCUGUUUUAUAUCGCACAUCGCUCAACCAGUGCUUUAAUAUGUUAUGCCUCUGUAUUGUUUUCUCCUCCUGCUGGGUGUUGUCUGCAGCGGCGGUCUAAAUAUAGGCCAGUUGUGAUUAAUCUGUUUCAGCACACUAUGAGUCUGACUCAUCCUCCUCCUGUAGGUCUGAGGUAUAGAGUCUGGUCCCUGUCAGGUCUGAUUGGGUUUUUACUGGAGUUUGCUCUGGUUUUGAUUUGUUUGAUUUUGUCACUUCCUCUGCUGUAGUUGUGUCACAACACUCAAACUUUCGAGCGUGAAGGAGAGGAGUGUAUGAAUUUGUUUACUUAAACAAAUUGUUGUUUGUACUACUCGCUCCACCUGCAGAUACACGGUGUUAUCUACAUUUAUACCCCUUUUACGCAUCAUUUCUGUAAACACACAUGCAUGAUAUUAAUAUAAAUUCUUUGUUCAUUGCAAGUCACAACCUUAUGUUUAUAUAUCAGCUUAUAAAUCAAAGAAUUAGGAUCCUCCUUGUUACUAAAGAUAGAAUUUGCCUAAGAAUAAUCAUGUUUCGGAUUUUCAGUGUUACAGAAAUUAGGGCUGGGCGAUAUGGCCUUAAAUCAGUAUCACAAUAUAUUAAUUAUAUAUCACACACAUCCAAAACCAACUUUUAUAAAAAAAAAUUUUGACACCAAAUAUAUUGACAUGGGCAAAAUGAGGUCAGUUAUUGUCGUUAAUUUCGGUAUUGGUAAAUUUUCAUUUUAUCGCCCUACCAGAAAUGUUUUUUUUGGGUGAAUGCAGUGCUAACAGUAGCUGCUAAAAGCUUAUUUUGUGCGCUUUUUAGAGGCUACUUAAGUUGGUAUGAAAAAAUUUAAGCUAGAGUGGUUGCAGACAGUGUUUUCAGCAAAAACCACAGGAACAAGAUGAGGGAUGUCAGGUGUUGUAUGGAGUAGUUUAAAAUAAAAAAAGGAAUUUGUUUUUCUUUAUUUCUUAGAACAUUUUUCCAGACACAUUUUUCAACUAAUGCUUGCAGCACUUGUCAAACUAUCCAGCCAGUAAUAAAGGAAACAGGCGAACAGAAACAAAAGAGGGGGAAUCUAGGGGGAUUUGGUCUGUAGGGACACGUGAUCCAAGAUCCCAGGAGUGAAAAAUGACUCAUUACGGCCCUCAUGUUGUCUGUAAACACAGUGUUAACACAGUAUCUGUUCCUGUCUGUCUCAUGCUUUCUAUUCUGGGCCCCCCUGUGCAGCUCACCAUGAAGUUAGUGCUUCGUCCUGCCUCUCUUGUCACCCUGGAGACACAUAAAGAGGCCAGAAACAGAGACAGACUUUGGGUCAGCUCUGAUCUCACUGUCACGCUCCUGCCCUCUCUUUUUUGUUUUUCUUCUGGGCCCUCCAUAUUUUUUUUUUUUUAUACAGAGCUGGCACAGUGCCAAUGUCCCUCCUUUUCUCCAAAAAUACAGUAGAGCCUUCAUGUCUGUAAUUCCACACAGGAAGCCAAAGACAGAGAGAGGAAAUGACCUGUCGUCAAUUCUCAGCCUCAUACUCCUCCCUCCUCUAAUACCUGAACUGAAAGAAUGAGGAGGAGCAGGGUUCAUGUGAUCACAAUGCUCUCUUUAUUAAGGGAUUAAUAAAAGCUGCCAGUGAUUUUCUUUUAAUUCUUACCACUCCUAAAACACAUUUCGUUGUGUUGUUUUUGUUUCUUGUUCACUCCCCAGCUCCGUGACUCCACAGAGAAGUAUGAAGAGUUUUACCGGCAGCGUCUCCGAGUGCAGCAGCACCUGGAGCAGAAGCAGCAGCAGAGACAAAUGUACCAGCAGAUGUUGUUGGAGGGCGGGGUCCAGCAGGAGCCUCCCCCAAGUGACAUGCAGCACAGCCUGACGGAGAAGUUUCUCAACAGGUACGCACAAACAAUGGUUUUCUCAAUUAUUAAGAAGGCCGCACCUGUCAAACUGUACCUCAGAUCAUGGAAUCUGCCUGCUGUGUGAGGGUGGAAGCGGUGCAGCUCACCAAUUAGGAUUCUGGUUUUUCAUAUCUGCACACAAAAGAGGAGCAGCUGUCUGACAAGUAGACAUGUUAAGGUCUCGAUAAUUAUGAGUCCCAGGUGGUUUUUGUCCUGCAUCACAAACACCUCCCCCUCAACCCUGCCUCCAGUCCACUCUGCACCAUCUGUGGUGAAAAACUACAGCACCACAGUCACAUGUUGGGAGCUUAGACUCAUAUGUGAGUCAGACACUAAUGUUACACUCAGUGUCAACGAGGAGGCAGCGUCCAUUAUUGAGUAUGUGACAAAAAUAAGAUGGGAAAUGUUCAUUUCUGCUUUGUCAGAGGGACAAAGGCGCUUUGAUCAUUACCCCUGCAGCCCUCUUCUCCCCUCUCUCUCUCUCUCUCUCUCUCUCUCCCUGUCUCUGUAUGUCCUGCAUUAUUCACAAGGGAAGCUGUGCAUAAUGACAUCAUUGCUUAAGUUUUCUUUGUCCCAUGCCCUUUGUUGUGACCAGAUUUAACAGGCCUACAAACCAGGGAACAGACGGUGUGUUUGCAAAUCAAAAUUUAGAGUGUCCCUUUCCUUUAAAGAUGGUGCAACUACAAGAAGGCCCUCUGAAAAGAAAAAGAGGUGCAACAGAAAGCUAAAUAAAAACAGAGAAAGUGUGGAUUAAGUGAUCUAGUGUGUCUCCUCAGAUCUAUCCAGAAGCUGGAGGAGCUCAACGUGGGCAUGGAGAAUUUAGGGGAGGAGGUGAAGUCUCUGGCCCAGCAGUGUAAUGGAAACGGGAACCCGCCCGCCUCCGAGGACAACAACAACCCUCCAUCUGUGAGCCCCGAGCUGAGCAAGAACCGAGGGGGAGGGGUGCUCUGCAGCACCCCACAACACACAGUAGGGGGCCGUGCAGUCCCACCCCCUGAGGAGUCCCCCGUCAUUUCCCAGAGGUGCUGUAUGAAUCCUUAAGUCGCUCUGUUGAUGUUCAUUGUACAAUGAAAUGAGAUUAUCACUGUGUCUGUGUGUUUUCAACAGUGGGCAGAAAAACAAAGGUCAACCUGAAGACUCUCCUGGCUCUUUAACGAGAAGCAAAGAGGUAAACAAAAAAACCAAACAUGGAAACUCAGCAAAAAUUAAGCCACUCGCUGCUAAUGAGAUUGUUUUGGUCGAAAUAAUUCCAGGAUACUAAAUCGGCAUUUAGCUGAUCAGAGAUUAAAGUAGAUUAAACUUCUAAUUAUACCACACACUUGCAGAGAUCGUGUUAAAUGUGUGUGCGUGUGUAUGUGCGUGCCUGUGUGUGUGUGUGUGUUACAGGGUGAGAAGGGCGAGAAGGGCAAAGACCUCUUUGUACCCGUGCAUACGCUGGAGGACACUCAGGCUGUUCGAGCUGUGGCCUUUCACCCGUCUGGAUCGCUGUACGCUGUGGGAUCCAACUCCAAAACUCUGCGUGUUUGUGCUUAUCCAGAGACAUUAGACCCGAGGUAACAAAGCCGUCAAUUAAGUUAUGUGUAAUAUAUAAGGGCAAGCAAUGAAGGCACCUUUCACUUAAAAACCUCAGUGAUAAUAAAAACAGAAGGUAAGGAUUGGAGGUUAAUUCUAGACCUUUCAAAAACACUGUGAGGAGUUUUUUUUAUAAUAUAGGUUAUGAAAGAGAGUGAAAUAAAUAGUGAUGUUGUGCCUGUAACAGCUGUUAGGGGGGUAGAAAACAGCCUUUGUUACUUUUCCCAACACAGUUAUUAAAAGUUAGUGACACAUUUCACUGUAAAAAGAAACAGGAGGGGAUUUUUUCAUCAAUUCACACUGCUUUCACAAGAAAAAGACAAAAACCUCAACAAUACAGAUUACAACUUUGUCCACUGGGAGUGCUCAAGUCAACACAGACAGAAAGUUCCUCCAGUGAGUGCUGGAAAAAUUCAGAGUCCAUCAUUUACCAAUAUUGUUUAAAAAGUUAAUUCUGAAAAUCUUUUAAGAACAGAGUAAAACUUGAAACAUACUGGUCACAUUCAGAUAUUUCCUGUACAGACUGUCAUUCUUAAUUUUCUGUCAUUUAUGUGUGCUUUUGCUUUACUCUCCUUUCUGUUUUUCCCCUGCUAUUCUCACCAGCAGUUCGAGUCCAACAAAGCAGCCUGUAGUUCGCUUUAAAAGAAACAAACACCACAAAGGAUCCAUCUACUGUGUAGCCUGGAGUCACUGUGGACAGCUCUUGGCGACAGGCUCCAAUGACAAAUAUGUCAAAGUCCUUCCUUUUAGUGCAGAGACAUGUAACGCCACAGGUCAGCCUAAAGACAGUCUUUUCUGUUGGUGUAAAGUACCACAUGAAUAAAAGUACAGACAGAGUCCUCACAGGCUUUUUGUCUGUCUCUUUGUGUCCCUCAGGCCCAGACCUGGAGUUCAGCAUGCAUGACGGCACCAUUAGAGACCUAGCCUUCAUGGAGGGUCCAGAAAGUGGUGGAGCCAUCCUGAUCAGCGCCGGGGCAGGAGACUGUAACAUCUACACUACAGACUGUCAGAGAGGGCAGGGUCUACACGCCCUGAGUGGACACACAGGUACGCACAGCUGUCCUCGAAAGAUUUCCACUGAAGAUUUUUGUGUUGUUUUUAUAGAUGGAAAAAAAUGAAUAAACAAAUCAUGAUACGAAUUUGUCUUCCAGGUCACAUCCUGUCUCUGUACACAUGGGGAGGGUGGAUGAUUGCCUCAGGCUCACAGGACAAGACGGUGCGUUUCUGGGACCUUCGGGUGCCCAGCUGUGUCCGAGUAGUUGGAACUGCUUUCCAUGGCUCAGGUAUGGAAAAUGUCAUAUCAUUACAAAUCGAUUUUCUGCGUCAGAGACUCUAAAUAAAGCGUAAUAAUAAUAAUCCACUUAGUCUCUACAAGUUGGUGUUACUGGUAAUGGAGAGCUGUUUACUCCCUUUUAUUCUUCACAGGAAGUCCUGUCGCCUCGGUAGCAGUAGAUCCUAGUGGCCGUCUCCUAGCAACAGGACAGGAAGACAGUGCCUGCAUGUUGUAUGACAUCAGAGGAGGUCGAAUCGUCCAGGUGUACCGUCCUCACAGCAGCGAUGUACGAUCUGUGAGGUUUUCCCCCGGAGCACAUUACCUGCUCACAGGCUCCUACGACACAAAGGUCAUGGUCACCAACCUCCAAGGUAAACAUGUUAGUGACGCAACUCACAGCUUAUUUAGUUUAUUUGAUGGGAAUUAUGCUAUUUGCAUGAUAUAACUUCUGUUAUUAACAAGCUGUAGAACCUCAUGUUAGGCUAAAUGAAUGAGAUAAAUGACAAGGAAAGUUUGAUAUAAAAAAAAAUAUAAAAAUCUGCUCCUUUUCUGUAAUAAUGAGAUAAAAGUCCAAGUGGGCAUGUUAGAGCCCAAUACUUAACAAUGACUUGAAAUGUAAUAAAUAAAUGUAAUAACUGGUCGAUAAUGUAACAAGAUGCUGAGCCCAAAACAUAAUAACUCUUUACCCAAAAUGUAGCAACUUGUUACAUUUUGGGUGGUAUUAAAUUUUUUUAAUUACAUUUUGGGCUCACAGUUUUGUUACAUUAUUGAAGAAUUAUUACAUUUCGGGCUUAAUUACAUUGAGCUCUAACAGCUCUAACAGGGCGCUCUCAUUUAGGCCUCAAUUAGGAAAGUAACAUGCGCUGAUUGAUCACAUUUCAGUCCAGUGUUUUUUCAGUUUGGGUUUGAGGCCUUAUCUUUGAGUUUUAUAUUGUUCAUGUUUGUUACUGGCAUGAGUUUGUGGAUGCUGCACUGGUGCAUUAUGGCUCUGCAGUUUGUUGUCUGCUGGAUAUAGCAGCAGUGUUUCUCCAGGAUCAGUGAGCUGGUAAAGCUACUUCAUGGAUAUGAGAGAGAGCAUCUGAAACACUUCCUGCGUGGGGAUUUAAUAGACAAUUUGGCAAAUACCUUUAAAAAAAACAGAAGCUUUCAUAUGUUAAGUUUUUUUUUUUUUCAUUAUUUUUUUUUUCUGUUAUCUAGAUAAUUAUUUUGUUAAUUCAGGAAAACAUCACACUGAUGUACACAGCAGCCGUGGGUGAAAAUCAAUAUUCUAAUUACACAUGGCUCUUUACUUUUUUAGUUUUCUCUCUUUUACUGUGAAGCCACUUAAAUCCAAGAAUGGACCAAGACCAAAAACAGUGUUUAAACCUCUGUGAGAUCAGGUUUAUUUUCAAGUGUGUCAUGAUGUCUAACCUGCCUGUCUGUCUGUCUGUGUGGUUUCCAAGGUGACUUGACCAAGCAGCUGCCUCUGACUGUGGUAGGAGAGCAUGGUGAUAAGGUGAUCCAGUGUCGAUGGCACACGCAGGACCUGUCCUUCCUUUCAUCCUCAGCUGACCGCACUGUCACACUCUGGACACACAACCCAUAA